AUGAAACCAGUGGGCUCGGAGAUGGGGCGUUGGAGGAGAAGCGUUGACAAUAAGUGUUGGCUGCGGUCCGACUGCUGUUGCUGCUACACGUCUCCAUCCUUAAUUAUUGCGCGCCACCAAGUUUGGAAGAUUCGACAGAUAGCCCGAGAAAUCAUGGCCGAAGCAUUCGGAAUCGUGGCCGCCACUACCCAAUUGCUUGAAGCAGCGAUCGAAGUCUUCAAGAGCUUCAAGCAAGCCUAUGACCGCCAACAGGACCAGGCAGAAUUCUUGCAGAGAAAUCAACUAGAGCUUCUCGCCAUCAAGGAGCGGAUUGAGGAUGUCCAGAAGGUAGAAGCUCUGCAGACAGCAAGCGUGACCGCAACUCUACUCAGGCUGAAAGGUCCUGAAGAGCGCCUGGUGAAAUGGCUACAAAAGGUGGACCGAGGUGAUAAGAAGGCCAUUCGCCGAUUCGUCGAUCAGUUAAUACAUGGUACCAAAGACCGAAAGAAGUUGGAAGAGAUCAUGAGUGAACUAGACCGGAUGAAGAUCGAUCUCAUCGCGGCUAUCAGUGUUGCUCAUAUCAAUAUUGAAGAGACGAGGAGAGUUGAAAAGAGACUUGGUGCGACCAAUAAGGUGAUGCAUGUGAGCGACACUGGCAACACGGGAGGACAGAGAGUUCCCAGGCAACGCCAAACACGCUCCAAAAGAUCCGGCGGCUCAACGCAUAGCGACGACAGUGGCAUCCUAUUAGAUGGAAGCGAAGACAGUCAAUCUACUGAUGGGUCAGAAGCUCCUGCAAACUCCCUGGCCGAUCAGUCCGGUACUGUUUGGGAGCGCAUCAUUACUAGGAAUAUCUCUGACGGCGGAGCUAUUAUGCUCAAUGCACGGGUUGGACCGGAUGAAUGGAAGGAGUCUCACGUUAAAAUCACGGACAACAAAGCUCAAGGUCGUAGUCUUAUGCUCAACUAUCCCAACGAGCGGGGAGACAUUAAAUUCCUGAUGGAACUUCAGGAUCGACGGGAAGAGAGAGCACUCAUGUUGCAACGCGAGAGUGGGGCUAACAGUACAUACACCUGA